AUGCUGCGACAGACUCUAGCACGUUCGGCUUGGCGGACGGGCAGGCGUGCCGCCAACGCCUCGAGAGCCUUUUCCGCCACAGCUCCACGCCCGGCCGAGGUCGAGCUCACCGUCGAUGGCAAGAAGGUGUCUAUUGAAGAUAUUGCUACCAUGAGUACAAUUGCUCCCUCGCCGGCCUGCCCUCGAAGCAUCCUCGUGCUGACAAUAUCACUCAGAAAACUAAUGAUUGCCGGUAACUGCCGCAUGUGCCUGGUCGAAGUCGAACGAGCACCGAAACCCGUCGCCUCCUGCGCCUGGCCCGUACAAGCCGGUAUGGUCGUCAAGACGAACUCCCCCCUCACACACAAGGCCCGCGAAGGAGUCAUGGAGUUUCUGCUGGCAAACCACCCCCUUGACUGCCCUAUCUGUGAUCAGGGUGGCGAGUGUGAUCUCCAGGAUCAGUCUAUGCGGUACGGCGCCGACAGGGGUCGCUUCCACGAGAUUGGUGGCAAGCGAGCGGUGGAGGACAAGAAUAUUGGUCCUUUGAUCAAGACUUCGAUGAACCGGUGUAUUCACUGCACACGAUGUAUCCGAUUCGCGAACGAUAUAGCCGGUGCUCCUGAGAUGGGAUCGUACGGACGAGGAAACGACAUACAGAUUGGUACCUACCUAGAAAAGAACCUGGACUCGGAAAUGUCGGGCAACGUCAUCGACCUCUGCCCCGUCGGCGCCCUUACCUCGAAGCCAUACGCCUUCCGAGCUCGCCCGUGGGAACUGAAGAAGACCGAGACAUUCGAUGUACAUGACGCGUUAGGAUCUGCGAUCCGCGUCGACUCACGAGGCCUCGAAGUCAUGCGCGUUCUUCCCCGCCUCAACGACGACGUCAAUGAGGAGUGGAUCAACGACAAGACUCGAUUUGCUUGCGACGGCCUGAAGAACCAGCGACUGACGAUGCCGCUGGUUCGGAGAGAAGGCAAGUUCGAGCCGGCCCCUUGGGAGCAGGCCUUGACCGAGAUUGCGGCAGCAUACCGACAGGUGGCACCAACCGGAAACGAAUUCAAGGUCAUUGCUGGCGCACUGACCGAAGUCGAGUCCCUUGUUGCCAUGAAGGAUUUGGCAAACAAGCUUGGCUCCGACAAUCUGGCCCUUGACAUGCCUUCUGGAGACCAACCCCUUGCCCACGGUGUCGACGUCCGCUCCAACUACCUCUUCAACUCCACCAUCUAUGGCGUUGAGGAUGUCGACUGCAUGCUUAUUGUCGGUACCAACCCGAGACAUGAAGCCGCUGUCCUCAAUGCUCGUAUUCGAAAGCAAUGGUUGAGAUCCGACUUGGAGAUUGGUGUUGUUGGUGAAACGUGGGAUUCUACUUUCGAAUUCGAGCACCUUGGUGCCGAUUUUGCCGCACUCAAGAAGGCUCUCGCAGGUCCCUUCGGCAAGAAGCUGCAGUCAGCGCAGAAGCCCAUGAUUGUCGUCGGAUCCGGUGUCACAGAUCACCCUGAUGCCAAGGCCUUCUACGAGCUCAUCGGCAGUUUCGUUGAGAAGAACGCUGCCAACUUCCUGACCGAAGAGCAUAAUGGAUUCAACAUUCUCCAGAGAGCCGCGUCGAGAGCCGGGGCUUUCGAGGUUGGAUUCACAACGCCAUCCCCCGCUGUAGCGGAGACCAAGCCCAAGUUCAUCUGGCUUCUCGGUGCUGAUGAGUUCGCCGAUGCCGAUAUCCCCAAGGAUGCCUUUGUCGUCUACCAAGGGCAUCACGGUGACCGCGGUGCUCAAAUUGCUGAUGUCGUACUCCCUGCCGCUACCUAUACCGAGAAGUCCGCUACCUAUGUCAACACUGAGGGUCGUGUGCAGAUGACCCGGGCCGCAACCUCAUUACCAGGUGCCGCCCGAACAGACUGGAAGAUCAUCCGGGCAAUCAGCGAAUUCCUUGGUGCGCCUCUACCUUAUGACGACGUCGCCAUGCUGCGAGACAGGAUGUUCGAGAUCAGCCCAGCACUAGCUGCCUACGAUGUUGUCGAACCCACGUCCCUCAAGCAAUUAAGCAAGGUACAGCUGGUAGAUCAGAACAAGGGUUCCAAGGCGAGUGGCGAACCCCUGAAGAAGGUUAUCGAAGAUUUCUACUUUACAGAUGUUAUUUCAAGAAGCUCGCCAACAAUGGCACGAUGCUCAGCCGCAAAGGCAACAGGCAACCCGGACAACAACUUCAUGGCCCCGGGAAUGACCGAGGACAAGCCAAUGGGACAGGUUGCCUACGGGUCAUGA